GCAGCAGAAAACAUUUUAGUUAGAUGCCUCUUACGAAGCAAGUCGUCUGAUAAGAAAACCCAAUCGUAGAAAUUCUCGGAGCAUUAUAAGAACAUAUAUUGGGGUUUUGGGAGGAACUAAGAUAGUUUAGGUCCUGAUCCGUUCAAGAUAUCUGAUCCUCCCAGACUCAUAAUUUCAUUGUUCGGCAGAAGAAAGCAGAGUCUGAAGAGUCUUGAAGCUCAGUGUACAAAUGUCAGCGGCUCUUAUUUCGGUGUUGUCAACCACAAGCUACAACGCAACAGUGUCUCUUCCUCAGACUGGCCUGAGCGUCUACACACAUGGAUGAGAUCUAUAGAUUCAUGAUUAACAACGAUGAGCCGUGAUGAAUCAGCCCUCUAUCAUUUGGAGAUGCAUUAUUAUCCUUCUCAUUUUUUCAAUAAAACGUUGCCCUCUGGCUCCCGCUGGAGGCGUGCGAUUCAUCAGCUAUGGCCACCUGACAGUGGAGCCAGGUCCAGUCUUCCUCAUAGGCUCAAACCUGACAGUCUACUGUCACGUCACAGAAUGUCACUCCAGCUCCAUAAUAUCCCUCCAUCUGAACGACGAGAUGGUCAAAUCUUCGAGGAGAAUCAACUGCACCACAGCGAAAUUUGACCUCAUCAGUGUCCAGAAGCCGCAGUCUACGGUGAUCUGCAAGCUGCAGACAGAUCAGAGGUCUCGGAUCGUCAGUGGACUGGACCUGCGCGGCGGACUUCCUCCAUCUAAACCUGACAGCGUUAUCUGUGAGACGACGCGGAGCUCAGACGUCAUCGCCUGCUCAUGGAAAAGGGGACAGCAGACGUAUCUCCCCACCACCUACAACGUUUCAGUCAGCAGAGAAAAUGGCACCAAUCUACUUUUCAGCCUGAUCCGAGAUGCUGAAGAAGUGUCCAUUCCACGAGGGAUUCUAGACGAACACACUAACUACCAGCUAAUCAUCGCCAGUUACAACCGCUUUGGAGCCUCGCAGUGCGAUACGUUCACCUUCCGUGUGAUAGAGAUAGUAAUGCCAGAGAUCCCUCAUAUUAUGCAAGUUGAGUUUGGAAACAGCUCCUCUGCAGCUGUGUUACGGUGGAAUACAACAGAAUCCUCAGAGCAUCUCAGAGCCCAUGUCAGGCUCCGCACAGCUGAUCACCCUUGGGAAGAGAGAGAGGCAACGGAGCUCCACAAGGACCGGGUGAGAGUGGACGGCCUGAGGCCCCUGACAGAAUAUCAGUUCCAGGUGAGAGCGUGUCGAUCAGCGUCUGAGCUGCUGAGCGCCGGCGCGACCCCCGGCCCCGCUCCCCUCUCGUCCCCCACCAGAGGGUCCUUCUGUAGCAAGUGGAGUGCAGCUGUGAGCGGCAAAAGCCCAGGAAAAGGUCCAUCUCAGCAGCUGCGGGUUUGGAGAGCGUUCAGCAACCUUGAUGCAAACAAGCUGUGGAAUGUGACUGUUUUGUGGAAGCCUCCGUCUCCAGAGGAUUUCAGUGGCCAGGUGCAGCGCUAUGUGAUUGUAGUGGGCCAUAACCUGAAACAGGCUGUGACCUGUGGUGCUGCUUUGACCCAGUGUUCAGUUCCGGUACCGGGAGAGGUUCCGGCUCUGACCGUCAGUGCUGUCACCUCAUACGGGGCCUCUCCUCCAGCUGUGGUGCCCAUGAGACGCUCAGGUGGUUUUGCACCGACUCUGAAUGAGGUGACUCCGGCAAGUAGCGGCAGCGCUGUGCUCGUCUCCUGGUCACAGCCAGACACCAAGCAGCAGUCAACAUCUGGGGAGGAGCUGCUGCACUAUGUGGUGGAGUGGACAAGUGUGCCUGCUGUUCAGCUACAGUGGCUCAAGUUGGACAAAAGUCAAAACAGCACAUCCAUCACCGGUCUGACUCCAGGUGUGAGGUACAAUAUCUCUGUGUACACUGUGACCAGCAGAGGGGUCAGCUCUCCAUCAUCUCAACUGGUCUACUCUAAGCAACAGGAACCGGUGGCCAGACCCACAAUGCAGGUUCUGGUCCAGAAGACCAGGCGGCUCCUUGUCCAGUGGGAUGAGCUGCCUGUAAACCAGCAGAAAGGCUUCAUCACACACUACACCAUCUACAUCCAGAUGCUGGACUACAGCAGCAAUGUGACGGUUUCCGCCUCAGGCCCCCGGCAGACGUGGGUCGACUGCCCCGAAGGCGCUCUGGCUCUGCAGCUGACCGCGUCCACGUCAGCGGGCGAGGGCCCGCCGGCGAGGUGGGUCCUGCCUCAGCCCGAGGCCCCUGCAGUUGGCCUGGUGAUUGUGAUUGUUUUCGUCAUUGCCCUCUUUCUAGCCAUCAUCGCCAACCUCAUGUGCUGGAGCUGCGUGAGGAAAAGGAUCAAGCAGAAAUGCGUAGCCUGGGGACCCGCCUGGCUUAGUGAAAACCUGCCCAAACCAGGAAACAGCAACGCCAUCAGACUGCUGGAGCUGGGCGGAAGCGAACCGUCGCUAACGUGCACCCACAGCGACCCCCCUCUGUCCCCCGUCUCCUUGAUCUCCUGGGAGGAGCGGGACGACGUGUACCCCAACAUCCACGUCGAACCGUCCCCGCCCGGCGCGGAGCGGCCGCCGUCACCGACGACGGGUUGUAGGAGCGAUGCCCAGCUGGAGGACGUCAGCUACAAGCCCCAGGUCGCCACGCUGGCCCUGCUACAGGAGGAGGCGAAGGGGGCGGAGGAGGAGCAGGGGGAGGUGUCCCGCAGUGACGAGGAGGACGCGUGCUCGGUGUUCGAAGGGUGCGGCGGAGCUCUGCUCUCCAGCGUGGAGGUGGAUUUCUCUACUUCACCCCUGGUUCUGACCCUCAGAUCCGUUCGCGGCCUUUCGUGGCCCAAAACGUCCCCGGCCCUGAACAGAGCGUUCUUGCCGGUCCGAACUGAGACUGAGGAGGACGUUGAAGUGGACUCUCGCACUCCUGACAUCCCCCCUGACAUCUCGCUGGCUCGGUGUUCAGUCGGGACAGCGUUGCAUUGCGAUUACUUCCCUCAGGUAGCUGCUGUGAGCGGCUCUCAGGCGUAGCAGCAGCGACGCAACACCACCAGGACAUAAUGCACUACUCUACUGACUCUUUAAAGGAAGCAUUAACCAACCCCACCAGUGUUUAGAUCUGGCCUCACAUUACCUGUAACUACGGUGAACUCAGGGGAAAGAGAUCAGAAUGAAUAAAACAUUGGUUUUCAUUGAACACCAAGCGAUUCUUUACUGCCAGGUGUUGACUUUUAGCCCCGUUAGCAGCACGGCUGUGUGCAGUAGACGCUGGUCUGUCGCUCCCUCGCUAAGCGGGUGUAAAUAAAUGCUAAUUCAAUGAGUGUAUUCAGCCAAUGUUAGCGUGCUAAUAAAAGGAUGCCCUCACGAGUGGA